AUGUUUAUUCUGAGAAAAUUGCACAGUACAGCAGUACUCUAUUCUUUAAUAGAUAUAAAUAAACGACUCAAUACAAUUGUGAGUGAUUCAAUUUUUACAAAAUCGUUAACAUUGAUGCCUCCAUUCUCUAAUGAUUUAUCAUAUCACUAUACUGAUACAAUACUUGAUCGAUUUUGUCUUGAAAUUUUUCCUAAAGUUCAUGGUAAAAUCGAAUGGCUCAAUAUUGAAUCGUCAUCUAUGAAGCGUACUCUUCUUUCAACAAAUUAUCCUAAUUUGCAUGGGCUUGGUUUAUAUUCACUUACAUCAGAAACAGCAAGAGAUCUCUUUACUGGUAAGAUAUGUUCUUCAAUUCUUUCAAUGAUUUGUAGUCAAGAAAAAUAUAAAAAUAAUUUAUUUGAAUAG